AUGGUUUUGUCUAGUGAGCGGGUGAAAGAAGUUAGGCAUAAAGAAAACAUCCUCGCAGAACGGGCUGUCGACCGAAUCAACACGAUCAUGGAUAAAGCGGCUGACGUGCUAGUGGAAACUCUCGGGUCAGUGAAGGUUAUUCAACAUCAUCCAAGGGGCCCACUAGAUGAAAAGUUAGGCCCGGCAAACCUAAUGCCUGAGAGCCCCAAAAAGGCAACCGGACGAUCCGUCUUAGCUGGAUCCGCUGUUUCCGAAGUAACGGCUUCAACUGCGACUACAACUCGAGAAAACAAAGAUUUGGGCGUAUUCAAGGAAGCUCGACGCAGUGCCGAGAUUACUCGUUCUCCCGACAUUUCUAUCGUGUACUCACCCAAGCCCGAAACGUCCUAUCCCGGCAAAAAGAAGCACCUUGUUGUGAAACGCGGAGAAAAGGUCUUCAAGGAGGUCAAUGGAUCCCAGUUGUUGAUCGUUCGCGAAUUACAGAAUGGACAGAAAAUCAGGCCAUCAAUCGAAGGUCCUAAUCCACGUCUCUUGGCCGUGCUCAAAAACAAAUCGGCUGAGAAGGAAGAGAAAGAAGAAACGCCGAUCGAGAGCACCAUUCAAGCCACCUCUGGAAACGAUAUCUUUGUGUCAAAAAACGAGAAAACGAAAGCAUCAGAAAUGCGGGCUGAUUGGGGAAUCGACACGACGAUUAAAAUUGUGGAUAGCACGGGAAAACAGCACAAACUCAAGAUCUCAUCGAUGUACAACGCCGAGACUGGCGGAACGAGCGUUGUUCUUCAGGAUCGUCCAAUCUGUUGGACACCCGGUAUCACCGAAAUCAGAAAACACAGAAUGGCAUUUGGUAGAGGAAAGAAAAAAGUCGAAGAUGUUGAUCAAGGAAAAGAAAAAGUCGAUGAAUCGCUGGGAAAAAGUUCCGAUAAAGAAAAAGAAGAGGACGAGUUGGCUGCGCCGAGAGCGUCAAUUGCGAGAAUUUACAAAUACGGCACAUGGUUGGACAUUUUGAUGGUUUUGGUGGGGAUUGGUGUGGCGGUGGUGACCGGCUUGGGGAUGCCAUUUCUCUCAAUCGUUAUCGGAGAUGUCUCCGAGGCUUUCAUUGACAUGCGAGAGGCACAACAAUCGAAUCUAAGCAAAAUCGAAUACGAUGAUCGAAUCGAUUCCUUUCAACACAAAGUCAUCGUCGCUUGUGUCAAAUACACGGUGAUCGGGUUGAUCAUCAUGACGUGCGCCUUUGUACAGACAGUUUGUUUCCUUGUCUCUUGUGAGAACAUUUGCAAUCGAAUUCGCCGAGAUUUUUUCAAAGCAAUCAUGCGACAAGAUAUCACCUGGUAUGACAAGAAUCACUCGGGAACGUUGGCGACAAAACUUUUUGACGCAAUGGAACGUGUUAAAGAGGGUCUCGGUGAUAAAAUGGGAAUGAUGGUUCAGUUCACGUCACAGUUCUUUGGUGGACUUAUCGUUGCGAUGGCGUAUGAUUGGCGUCUCACUUUGAUCAUGAUGUCCUUAUCUCCACUUCUCAUCAUUUGUGGCCUUUUCAUCGCCAAAUUAAUGGCCAGCUCGACAGCGGAAGAGAUGAAAAAGUACUCGAUUGCCGGGAAAAUUGCUGAAGAGGUGUUAACCUCAGUCCGAACGGUGUUCGCCUUUAAUGGACAAUAUAUUGAGUGUGAAAGAUAUGACAAAGCGUUGCAAGCAGGGAAGCUAGAUGGUUACAAGAAAUCGAUUUACAUUGGUGUCGGUUUGGCGGUGACGAUGGCCGUGCUUUUCUCGUCGUAUUGUUUAGCGUUUUGGGUGGGAACGGAUUAUAUUUACUGGGAUAUGGCAUCAUCGAGUACAGUGCUCACGGUCUUCUUCUCAGUGAUGAUGGGUUCAAUGGCAAUGGGUCAAGCCGGGCAACAGUUCGGUGUGUUUGGUACGGCUCUGGGAGCAGCUGGUGUUGUACUUCAAGUGAUUGAUCGGGAGCCAGAGAUCGAUUCCUAUUCAACAGAGGGACAAAAGAUUGAAAGAGUUCGGGGUGAAGUCACCAUUGAUGGCCUUGAAUUCACCUAUCCAACCCGGAAAGAUGUCCCAAUUCUCAAGGGAGUUUCAAUCGCGUGCAAUCCGGGUGAAACGGUAGCGCUUGUCGGGUCGUCCGGUUGCGGGAAAUCGACAAUCGUGCAACUCUUGCUCCGAUAUUACAAUCCGGAUAAUGGAUCGAUCAAAAUCGAUGGUGUGCCGAUUCAAGAUCUGAACAUCGAGUUUCUCCGGCGAACGAUCGGCGUCGUCAGUCAAGAGCCAUCACUUUUCAAUGCUACAAUUUUGGAGAACCUUCGCUACGGAAAUCCUAACGCCAGCGACGCCGAGAUUCAAUCAGCGUUGAGACGCGCGAAUGCCGCCAAUUUUAUCGCCGCUUUCCCUCAGGGCUUAAAUACAUUGGUCGGCGAUCGAGGCGCGCAAAUGUCUGGUGGUCAGAAGCAGCGAAUUGCCAUAGCUAGAGCUUUGUUGAGAGAUCCGCGAAUCCUUCUACUCGACGAGGCUACAUCGGCUCUCGACGCCGAAAGCGAGGCUGUUGUGCAAGAAGCGCUGGAGAAUGCAUCUCGCGGCCGAACGACGAUCGUAAUCGCUCACCGACUUUCGACAAUCAAAAACGCGGAUCGAAUCAUCGCGAUGAAAGAGGGCAGAGUUGUCGAAAUGGGAACUCACGACGAGCUUCUUGAGCGCAAAGGUCUUUACCAUGAGCUCGUCAACGCGCAGGUUUUCGCUGAUGUUGAGGACACGAAGAAAGGAAAGAAGAAGCUUGCCGGACGACAAAUCUCGAGAUCAUCGCGCAGAAGAACGUCUACUGGAUCGGGUGGAUCGAUGAAAGGAAACGAUGAUGAGGAAGAAUUGGAGGAAGUGGAGAAAAUCCCCGAGAAUGAGAAGGAUAUCGACAGAUUGAAGAGAGAAGCCAAAGAGGAAGGAGCCCAGGAAGCUAAUCUAUUCAAGAUCCUCAAGUACGCGAAACCGGAAUGGUGGUUGUUGGUGCUAGGAACGAUUGCCUGUAUCAUUCAAGGAGUCGUCUUCCCAGCUUUCUCACUCUUCUUCACCCAAAUUAUGCAGGUGUUCUCCGAGCCAGACAAAGCAAAACUUCGAAAAGACGGUCACAUGUGGUCGUUGAUGUUCUUGUUGUUGGCUGCUGUUGAGGCACUGACCAUGCUUUUCCAGGCGACUUUUUAUGGGAUCGCUGCUGAACGUUUGACGAUGAGACUUCGAUCAAAAGUUUUCCGGAACAUUUUACGUCAAGAUGGAGCCUAUUUCGAUCAUCCGAGUCAUUCGCCCGGGAAAAUCUCGACCCGUUUAGCGUCGGAUGCGCCAAAUGUGAAAUCGGCAAUCGACUACCGUUUGGGAUCGGUUUUUAAUGCUUUAGUUGGAGUGACGGCUGGAAUUGCGAUCGGUUUCUAUUACAGUUGGCAAAUGGCUUUACUGAUGUUGGCUCUUUUCCCGUUGAUGGGUAUCGGCGAGGCACUUCAGAUCAAAAUGUUGGAAGGGAAAAGCGGUGAAGACACGAAAGAGUUGGAGACUGCGGGAAAGAUUGCGAUGGAAGCUGUGGAACAUAUUAGAACGGUUCAAGCGUUGACGUUGGAGAAGACGCUGCAUCAGAAAUUCUGUGAUCAUUUGGACGGACCGCAUCGAUCGAGUUUCGUCAAAGCACUGUUACAGGGAGUCACUUUCGCCAUUGGCAACUCGUUGAUGUUCUACAUUUUCGCAGCCGAGUUCCGUUUCGGCGGCUGGCUGAUCACGGCGAACCAUGUGAGCAAUCCGAUCGACGUGCUGAGAGUGCUGUUCGCCAUUCAAUUCUCGGCCACUUCAAUCGGUUUUGCGUCUGCAUAUUUCCCCGAAUACGCAAAAGCAAAAUUCGCAGCUGGUUUAAUCUUCAAAAUGCUCGGGGAAAAGCCACAAAUUGACAAUAUGUCGAAAGGAGGGAAAUUCCCGCAAAUCACCGGAGCUGUUCGUUUCAACGACAUUCGUUUCCGCUAUCCGCAAAGAGAUCAGAUUGAAGUGUUAAAAGGCCUCUCCCUUGAGGUAAAUCCCGGUCAAACACUGGCUCUUGUCGGCUCAUCGGGUUGCGGGAAAAGUACCGUCGUUUCAUUACUCGAAAGAUUCUACGAUCCAAACACGGGAGUGGUAGAAGUUGAUGGGGAAAACAUUCGAGAAGUCAAUCCGGUUCAUCUCCGAAAACAUAUUGCCUUGGUGUCACAAGAGCCGAUUCUUUUCGAUUGCUCGGUGAAGGAAAACAUUGUCUACGGCUUACCGCAAAACUCGGUCACUGACGCGGAGAUUGUCGAAGCGGCGAGGAAAGCGAAUAUUCACAAAUUUGUCAGCGAACUUCCCGAUGGUUACGAUACGAGAGUCGGUGAUAAAGGAACACAAUUGUCUGGAGGUCAAAAGCAACGUGUCGCUAUUGCAAGAGCUUUGAUCCGAAAUCCGAAGAUUUUGCUUUUAGACGAGGCGACGAGUGCCUUGGAUACAGAAAGUGAAAAGCUUGUGCAAGACGCGCUUGAUGCUGCAUCAAAGGGUAGAACGUGUAUCGUGAUAGCUCAUCGUCUUUCCACUGUCGUCAAUGCGCACAGAAUCAUGGUCGUGAGUGGAGGAUUUAUGGUGGAAGAGGGCACUCAUCAAGAGCUAAUGGCGAAGAAGGGUGCCUAUUUCCAAUUAACAUUAAAACAACAAAAUCGGGGUCAAGACGCUGAAGAAGCCAUCGAAGAAGAGUUCAAUCCGAUGGAGAAAUUU